AGUAGAAGGCCUUCUCUUUUGUUGGUAAUUUUGACAAGCAUCCUGAAGGCAAUAAAAACAAAAGAAACAAAAUGGAACGAAUAAGAAGGCAUCUUGUCCACUGAAUUGGAAACCCCACACCACAGCCCCAAAGGCCAAAGCUUUACAGAGAAAUGUACUGGUACGUUUUUUUAUCCUUUGGGUCCUCUCUUUUACUCCAAUGACGAUAUUUUUUUAGGGAUUUUGAACACGAGGGUCUAUAUCUGUGCAAAACUUGAAUUUUAGCCCCCCCUCCCUCUCUCUCUCUCUCUGUCGCACGCAUGCACGCACGAAUAUCUGCAAUUAAGGGAAAGAAAGCGUGGGGACAUGAGUUGGGUUCCGAACUAGCUCGCAGCUUUCAAAGCGCUAGCUAGUGUCGAUAUUUUCCCGCCAAAAACCGGGAUUCCAAGCAUGACCCGGGUGGAUGAUCGACUGCAACAGAUUAAGAAGAGAGUGACUUGGGUUUUUAGGGUCUGAACUCGGAAUAAAUGGCAGGGUGGUGGAUGCUAGCUCAUGAUGGGUCUGCUUUAGAUUGCGCCAAAUCCCCAAGAAAGAAGCUCAAGCAGAACUUCUUCUGGGUCGAUCUCGAACAGGCUCUGGACGGGUCUGAUAAGGCCUCGAGAACCUGUGUUGAAGGCGAACGAGAACCUGAUAAGCUCCGAUGCGAGCUCGAAUGCUUUCUUCGAGGUAUCCGCAAGGAGAUCUGCGCCGAAGAACCUUUUCCGCCUCUACCUCCUCCGAUGCUUGAAGAUGGGCGACGCGUGAAUUUGCUUAAGCUUUUCUGGGUUUUGAGAGGGUGUGCGCGAUUCUGGUGGCCAAAGAGUCCAGGUUGUUGGGUUCGGAUCUUUCCGCGCCGACGUUUUGGUGGGUAUUUCAUGGACUGUCUGCCUGGGCUUACAGCUAUUACAGCAAAAGUUCCGGAUAAGAAGAACGAUGGCGAGUACCCGCAUCUAGAGUCAGCGUCUGAUGAGGUGGAGUCGAAUGGAAGCGAAAAAUGUUUUGGUGAUGAGGGAUUGUCAGGUUUGGAUUUGGUGGGAAGGAUUGAUGAUAGUGACAGUUUUUGCAAUGAAGGAGGAGAGGUGAUAGUGUUGAAUGGGGACGGGAAUGAUGUUAUAGAUGAGAAAAAGACGUGUUUGGAUUCGAGUGAGAGUGUUGUGAAUGAACGGGGUGGUGGAAAUUUGUGUUUCAAUAUUGAGGUAAAUAGUUUGGUAGCUGAGUUGGAUGCAGGGAAGGGAUGCGACGUUGAUGACGAUGGUGUGGUGGUUUUGGACCCAGAGAGUUUUUGUGGUAAGAGGAAGCGGGAGUCUCUGUGUGGAAUGCUCAACUGGGUUAUGGGGGUGGCAAAGAAUCCUUGUGAUCCUGCCGUUGGUUCAUUACCGGAACGGUCCAAGUGGAAGUCUCAUGGUAAGGAAAUGAUGUGGAAGCAGGUUUUGUUGGCUCGGGAGGCCAUCUUUCUGAAAAUGCGAGUUGAUUCGAAUGCUGACCAAUGGCAGAGAACUCAGAAGAUGCAUCCAUGCAUGUAUGACGAUCAAAUUGGCUCAAAUUACAAUUUUAGAGAGAGAUCAAGACGUUGCAAUUCUGAGAAAAUGAUGUUUCAGAUAGAAGCUUGUUCUGAGUCACCCUCAGCCACUCAAAGUGACUUGGACAAAACUUCUUGUGCAGUAGGGGUGGAAAACGGAAUCAACAAUCAAUUGCUUGGAACCUCUGAUUUGUUUACAGAAGAUUCAGGACUUGAUAAAUAUGUCCCAAAACGCAUAUCUUGGAGGCCUUGUUUUAAAGCUGAAGUGCAGGAGUGGACUGGUGUGACUUCUGAAAGUGACCUUAAGUGGUUGGGCACCCGAGUUUGGCCAUUAGAAAAAGUGGAUCAGAGAUAUAUCAUUGAAAGGGAUCCAAUUGGUAAGGGAAGGCAAGAUUCAUGCGGCUGUGAAGUGCCUGCUUCUAUUGAAUGUGUCAGGUUUCAUGUUGCUGAGAAAAGGCUGAGAGUGAAGCGGGAAUUGGGCUCAGCUUACUAUCAAUGGGAAUUCCAAAAAAUGGGCGAGGAAGUUAAACUUUUGUGGACAGAGGAAGAACAACAGAAAUUUAAGGCCAUACUGGAUUCGAAUCAUCCAACUCUUCAGAGGUGUUUCUGGGAUCAAAAUUUCCGGAGUUUUCCUACCAGGAGCAGGGCAGAUUUGGUAAGCUACUACUUCAAUGUCUUUCUUCUGGAGCGCAGAGGAUACCAGAACAGAUUUACCCCGAAUAUCAUUGACAGUGAUGAUGAGGAAUUAGAAUCUGGAUUGUUGACUAAUGGUAUUGGACAUGAAGCAGAAAAGUUACAAACCUCCAUCUUUUAUUCCCCAAAAAAGCCACAUACAAACUUUAGAUAGUCUGAGAAGUAGCCAACACGAAAUACUGAACAGUCCACGGCGGCCAAUAUGGAUUGGAACCAAGUGCUUCAGUGAGAAUGUAUAGUCUAGCAAUUUUGGAUAUACCGUGGAGAUUAUCAAUGUAGACGACCUUUUUCUGGUAUGCCAAUGCAGAAUUAUCAUUACCUUUGAGAAGUGAAUACGAAUGAUUUUGAAGAGUAACAUUAAGGACCAUUUUUGAAGAAAAAGUUAACAAGAUAUAGGUGGUCGAAGUUGCUCACGGUAGAGGCCCCAGACAGGUUUUGUUCCGUUAAAAGUGCUUUUUGGUUCAUCUGAUUUUGUGUAUGAGGUAUGUUUUUUGUCUAUUCACCAUGAUUGACGAUAAAAAAAAAUUGGGUAUAGCACACUUCUGUCUUUUUUCACUAUUGUUUUUUGACUACGGAGUUGACUUAAAAACAGAAGCCUUAGGGAUAUAGAGAAACGGACCAGGAAAUGGUUUGCUAGAAUCUGAAUUGUAGACCCUCAUGUAUUAGAGUAAAUGCACUUGCUAGUUAUAUGAUUUUUUUCCAAAAAAAAAGGAAGACAGAAAGAAAAGAAAAUGGUUUAGUAAUUA